AUGUCUGCAGCACACAACCAUCGUCAUAUGCAGCAUCUUCCCCCGAGCCCACCACCGUCGCCUCCAUCUACACGGCAGAGAAAAAAGAAGAAGCCCGAUCCUUUUGAACAACUCGCAACUACACCAAUACCCUCGCUGCCCUCUUCUCCAGCAAAUGAGCUUAACGACGACCAAGAACCCCUUCUGAAACGAAUUAUACUCACGCCCGUCUUGUUCACAUCCUUCCUCCUCUCUCUCUUCCUCGUCAACUACCGCAAUCGCGCCCGCCGAACAGAAGCACACUCACUCAGCUUCUCCCUCCUCGCGUACCUCGCUCCGUCCAGCUGGCUCGAUCCAGAGCCCUACCAAGAUCCUGAUGAUUCGAAAUGGGGUAGAAGGGGGACCACUGGACAUGUUGAGCCUCAUGACGCUAUAGGUCCCCGGUCAGACGAACAAGACGACGAGAAACCGAAGAAAAGGAAGAAGAGAAAGUCGUGGCAUCUGCAUAGAAAGAUCAGGAAAGUGGCCAAGCUGGAGAUAGGCGAUGCGCUCGAGAUGCGAGGGCGCAUGAUUGUUGUCAUGCUUGUAGUAUUGGGAUUGGCUUGUGCAAUACUGUGGAUGGGUGUUAGGUGGAUUAUCGUCUUAGCAUCACAGCGGAUGUAUGGUGUAAAAGCCUGA